AUGUCACCCCAACGUCUGCUCUGCAGUGUGGACUGCGUUCAACGCGCGCUACCCGUGACGGGGAUGAAGCACGUGGCGGCCUUGAUCAACGCGUAUCUGCUCCCAAGAACACUCGACGCCGCAAUCUUCCGUCAGUUGAACCGCGUGCGUAAACGGUUUUCGUACCUGCCGUGCGCCGACGUUUGUAUACGUUUUGCCGAGGAUACCAAGAACAUGCGUCUGAUGCGCUGGCUGCACACCAAGUAUGGUUUGGAGGUCUGGGACCCGGAUCGUUCGAUGCACACGGCCGUCGAGAUGGGGAGCUGCGAGGUUGUGGCGAUGCUGGUCAAGAAGUGCAGCAACCGUACGCGCAACGACGCACUACAUUGGGCCGUGUUUCACCAGCACGCCGAAAUAGUUCAAGUGCUCGUCCAGCAUGCCCUCCCGUUCGAGAUCGAAGAGGAGCUGAAGAAUGCCGUGUACAACGAACGAUGGAACGUGGUCCCGCUGUUAGCUGAAAACGCCUCUCAAUAUACGCACGAAGCGCUGAAAGUCGCCAUCGCCGUGAACGGAAGCGAGAAAAUUGCCGGACUUCUUUGGGAAGGGUUUCGAUCGCUCGUGGACAACGCCGAUCCUUAUUUUCUUCCGGCAACGCUGAAGCAAGCUAUAUGGGCCGGGUCCACAAACUUGGUGAUCAUGAUCGCGGACAAAAUCAACAGCCAAAGAGGCGACAUGGCGUUGAUAGAUAUGGAUGGCGCCCUUGACGUCGCGAUCGACUGCGGUAAAUGGGACCUGGGGAAACUGCUCAUCCACCGGUGCUCGCCACUGCGGCUGGAGAGCGCGAUCUUGUUCGCGGUGGAGGAAGCCCGCUGGGACGUCGUGUUGUUGAUACUUGCUCGAUUGAGGAACAAUGCCAUGAUACUGGGAAGUAACUCUGAAGUUGUGUUGCCCGAGACUUUGAACGAAGCGGGGCUGUUGGCGGUCAAGCACGGAAACCACAGGGCAUUACGCGUACUAUACCAUCACUGCUGCAAGUCUGCUAUCCAGAAAUAUGUAAAAACGACGCCACCAGGAUUGUUUCAUACGGAACGCGGUCCGAUCACCCGGCUGGCCACAAAAAGUGAGUGCCACCCGCACUGCAUGAGUGUUGCGCUUGAGUUGGCAGCAGAGGCGAGCGAGUGGGCCGCGGUGUGUCGGCUAGUGCGAUCCGACCGAUGCAACAGGUUCGCAGUCGGUCGAGCCUUGCUGCUUGCAGCUAAAGCAGGCGAGCUGGAUACCGCUGCAAAUAUCUGCGAGGCCGCGGAGCCCGUGUUCGCGGACAAAGUGGUAUUGGAUCUGAGGCGUGCUAAGAAGCUGCAGCUGGGAUUUUCGGCAACGCAUCGCCGCUUAAAUGAUAAGGCCGUAACGUAUAACGUGAACACGACGUUGAUACAAGCAGCUGAGAACGGCGAGUGGAACUUGGUGAAGAAGAUGUUCAUGGUCGCGGAUCGCAUCGCAAGCGUUAUACAAGCGACAAAGGUGGCAAUUCUCGAUAUUUUGGCCCCCAUUGUUAUUGGAAGCUACCAACUGCAACUGGGGGACGAAUGCGUCCACGUGCUGGUCCGGCUUCCGCAAGAUGUCGAGGCCAAGAUGCGUGAUGAACUGGGGUUGACGGAAGUCCGCAAGACCCGGAUGAUCAACCAAAUACGCCAUCAAAUAAAGAUCGAACAGCGUGAGGCGGAGGACGAGCGGCGUGAAGCUGAAAAAGCCGAAGAAGAGACCGAACGUAUCGGAAAGAUCCAGCCAAGCGACGGGAGCACGGCGUUCUCGGCCAUGGAGUACGGACAGCUGCCGAAGCAGUUCCGUACGGACGAAGGCUCGGUCAAGUCCGGCGUCUUCUACGAUCUCAUGAACGAGCCUAACGCCCUCACGGACAAUAUGUUGGACAAUCUUCUUAAAGCGAUUGAAAAUAAGAACUGUGUGUACCAGGAUCCGACUAGCAACGAAGCCACCCGCAUCCAGUUUAUGAGCGCGCUCUUCGAAAGCGUGGUGCGCAUGUUUAAAACUGAUGAGCAGUGA